CCAAUUCUUUACCCUCCACUUAACUAGACACAAGGGUAUUGCGAUAACUAGCUAGUAACCUUUGCUAUGUGUGGAAGUCAUUUAAAGUUGUGAAUCAAUCGUUAAAGUUGUUCAAAUUUCUCCCAUUAUUGCAUUAGUUCCCUUCUGUCUACUUUAAACAUGUGUAAGUUUAAAAACUGUUUCAUCAUUUAAAGAUAGAUUUAAGUUAAGAUUUUGCCGAUUUAGGAGCAUUUUAGAUUUAAAAAAUUACUUAGGUUCGCUAGGAAGGAUCUCAGCAUCAGGGCCUUCCUAAAUUCCUGAGAGGUGUACUGCUUUAAGAUGGCGGCUGUUUACAAACGCAUGUAGUCCUUAAAACAUGUUGGCAAUGCAGCAGUGUCUGUCAUCUGCAUCUAGUUCUAUAAUAUGAUAUCUACCGUGUCAUGUGGGCGUAGUUUGUCGGCUAUGGCUGCAAUCAGGUAUUAUUGGAGCCACCUAGCAUCGCGGUUGCAACGGCGUCUUCCCCACUCCUGCUCUGCUCUCGUCCCCGGAGAUAGUCCAGGCCAACUGCGUACGGUGGAGGAAAAGAUUCUCUUUCCCCUGUAAGAUGAGUGCCAGUGCUGGCACUGGUGUACUGGAUCCAUGCGUGUGCCGCGUAUCAGUCAGAAAGGAGCUGAAGGGGGGGAAAGCAUAUGCAAAGCUUGGUUUUGCAGAUCUGAAUUUAUCAGAGUUUGCUGGCUCAGGAAGUACAACCCGAAGAUGUCUGCUGGAGGGUUACGACACCAAAAAUACUCGCCAGGAUAACUCAAUUCUUAAGGUUAUCAUCAGUACUCAGCUUAUGUCAGGAGAUCCCUGUUUUAAAACGCCACCUUCAACAGCAACAGUGAUUGGGAUCCAAGGUGAUGGCGAAAGCCUGCUGGAGGAAAGAAGAGGUGGUGACUCACAAAAAGCUUCUUGUGAGAGUCGAGAAGUCAAGUGUCCUGUGGUGUCUGAGGAUCUUGGCGGCUGUGGCCACUCGCGAACUUCCAGCUACGCCAGCCAGCAGUCCAAACUCUCAGGGGAGACCGCAAUCACAGAUGAGUCAAAGAGCUACAGUACAGGCCAUUCCCGCUCGUCCAGCAUGUCAGAUUUCAGUCAUCGUAGGAACCAUUCAGUGGGAAGCGCCUCAACAGGCAUCGGCAGCAUCCCAGAACCGAGUGAGGACAGAGACAGAGAAUCCAGACCAUGUCCUGCUCUGCCUGAACAUCCACUUUCCACCACCAACUCUUCCACCUCUGUGGGAUCACCAGUCCGAAGCGCCUCAUCCUGCGAGCGACUUAACAGGCAUCCAGUGAAGCAAGACUCUAUGGAGUCGCAACUAAAGAGAAUGGACGAUACCCGUGUAGAUGCUGACGACGUAGUGGAAAAAAUCCUCCAAAGCCAAGACUUCACACCCAGCCUUCUCGACUCUAGUGCAGAGGAGGAGGGCUUACGCCUGUUUGUUGGCCCAGGAGGAAGUACAGCACUUGGAAGUCAUCAUCUUCCUACUAGGGUCGGCGCUGGAGCAUACGAGCAAGUGGUGAUAAAGCGUUAAACUGGGUUAUGGGCCAAAACCUCUCCUCCCCCAGAAAAAAAAAAAAAAAAAAAAACGAAGGAGUGUCGCAACCAUUUUAGUGUUCUGUCACAUUCUACAUAAUGAUGUACACGGUCUUAUCUUAUGUGCCCGUUGAGUAUCUGAUGUCACAAUAGCUCCUUCCUGUUUUUGUGGCUAAAUGAACACUUGCUUUCUGACAUCUGUUCACCUUGUAGUUAUUGUUCAGUGGUUUCACUUUCAAACCUGUGGCAGUAAAUUCCUUUGUUUUUUUUUUCUUAAGGCAAGGCAAAUUUAUGUAUAGCACAAUUCGACACAAGGCAAUUCAAAGUGCGUUACAUCACAUGAAGAUCCACUGAGAUAAAAUGAUCCGUAAAAAAAAAUCACCUUAAAUAAUCAAGAAAGUUAAACAAUUGAAACAGGAAAUAUAAAUAAAACUAGAAAAUGAAUAUAAAGCAAAAAAUAAGAUGGAAACAGGAGAUAAAAUAGGCAGUUAUGAAUAUGCAGUUGUUCACAAUAGCGUUUUUGGCCCUGAUUUAAAGGAGCAGACUUUAGACCAGGGGUCAGCAACCUGCGGCUCUAGAGCCACAUGCUGCUCUUUACCGUUGCCCUAGUGGCUCACUGGAGCUUUUUCAAAAAUGCUUGGAAAUGGAAAAAGAUGGGGGCGGGGGGGUAUAUACAGUGGGGCAAAUAAGUAUUUAGUCAACCACCAAGUUCUCCUACUUGAAAAGAUUAGAGGCCUGUAAUUGUCAACAUGGGUAAACCUCAACCAUGAGAGACAAUGUGGAAAAACAAAACAGAAAAUCACCUUGUUUGAUUUUGAAAGAAUUUGUUUGCAAAUCAUGGUGGAAAAUAAGUAUGUGGUCAAUGCCAAAAGUUCAUCUCAGUACUUUGUUAUGUCCCCUUUGUUGGCAAUAACGGUGGCCAAACGUUUUCCGUAACUCUUCACUCUUCGCUUGGUGUAAAGAAAUCAACCGUGGGAGAAAUUAGAAAAUGGAAGAGAUACAAGACCACUGAUAAUCUCCCUCGAUCUCGGGCUCCAUGCAAGAGCUCACCCCGUGGUGUCAAAAUGACAACAAGAACAGUGAGCAAAAAUCCCAAAACCACAUGGGGGACCUACUAAAUGACCUACAGAGAGCUGGGACCACAGUAACAAAGGCUACUAUCAAUAACACAAUGCACCGCCAGGGACUCAAAUCCUGCCCUGCCAGACGGGUCCCCCUGCUGAAGCCAGUACACGUCCAGGCCCGUCUGCGGUUCGCUAGAGAGCAUUUGGAUGAUCCAGAAGAGGACUGGGAGAAUGUGUUAUGGUCAGAUGAAACCAAAAUAGAAUUUUUUGGUAGAAACACAGGUUCUCGUGUUUGGAGGAGAAAGAAAACUGAAUUGCAUCUGAAGAACACCAUACGCACUGUGAAGCAUGGGGGUGGAAACAUCAUGCUUUGGGGCUGUUUUUCUGCAAAGGGACCAGUACGACUGAUCUGUGUAAAGGAAAGAAUGAAUGGGGCCAUGUAUCGAGAGAUUUUGAGUGAAAAUCUCCUUCCAUCAGCAAGGGCAAUGAAGAUGAGACGUGGCUGGGUCUUUCAGCAUGACAAUGAUCCCAAACACACAGCUAGGGCAACAAAGGAGUGGCUUCGUAAGAAGCAUUUCAAGGUCCUGGAGUGGCCUAGCCAGUCUCCAGAUCUCAACCCCAUAGAUAAUCUGUGGAGGGAGUUGAAAGUCCGUGUCGCCCAACGACAGCCCCAAAACAUCACUGCUCUAGAGGAGAUCUGCAUGGAGGAGUGGGCCAAAAUACCAGCAAUAGUGUGUGAAAUGCGUGUGAAGAGUUACAGAAAACGUUUGGCCUCCGUUAUUGUCAAUAAAGGGUACAUAACAAAGUAUUGAGAUGAACUUUUGGUACUGACCAAAUACUUAAUUUUCCACCAUGAUUUGCAAAUAAAUUCUUCAAAAAUCAAACAAUGUGAUUUUCUGUUUUUUUUUUCUCCACAUUCUGUCUCUCAUGGUUGUUUACUCAUGUUGACAAUUACAGGCGUCUCUAAUAUUUUCAAGUGGGAGAACUUGCACAAUUUGUGGUUGACUAAAUACUUAUAGGACAAACAUGGCACAUUCUUCUAAUUCAUUAAUACUGUAAUUUAGUUAAGCCUCAGGCGGCAUCGUACAACAGAGUAGUCAUGUGGCUCAUCAUUCUCUAUAGGAAUCACUGCAGGGAAAAUAAACAUUUCAUCAUGAAGGCUCAUGUUUUUAGACAACCUAGUCAUUUUGAUAAUUGGCUAAUAUAGCUAACAUAAAUAGAUACACAAUGUGUUGCCUUAAUUAUAAAGCUUAUAGACGGCUUUUAAUUUUUUGCCGCUCCAGACAUAUUUUUUUGGUCCAAUAUGGAUCUUUCAACAUUUUGGGUUGCCGACCCGUUCUUUAGACCUUCAGGUACCUUGUUCCAUAGGUGAGGAGCACAGUAACUAAAUGCUGCCUUACCUGCUGUGUCCUUGUUCUUCAAACAUACAGGUUCCAGACGACCUUAGGGGUUUAGAUGCUUCAUAGGGGUCAAACAAAUCAAGCAUGUAUUUUGGUCCAAGGCCAUUAAGUGUUUUGUAGACAAGCAGUAGUAUUUCAUAGCAGACUCCCUGGAAGCCAGUGUAACGAUUUCAUAACCGGUGUAAUAUGGUCCAGUUUCUUUGUACGCGUAAGGAUACUGGAAGCAGCAUUCUUUACCAGCUGCAGCUUCCUGAAAGAUUUUUUUUUUUUAAGACCUUUAAAAAUACCACUUCAAUAGUCCAAUCUACUAAAUAUGAAUGCAUGGAUAAGUUUUUCCAUGUCUUGUUUAGACAAAAGCCCCUUAAUUCUGGUGAUAGUUUUUGGGUGGUAAUAGGUAGAUUUUGUAACGAACUUUAGAUUGCUGUCAAAUUUUAGGUCCGAGUCAAUAAUCAUGCCAAGAUAAUUGCUGCCUAAGUUGAUACCAUUCAUACAUUUUCAAAUGUGAACUGAAAAACAAUCUCCUAAGAAGAGAUUCCAUUGUAAUAGGACGAUCACGCUAUAAAAUUCCAAUACAUUUCUUUUCAUCCCAUAGUAAUUUAUUUUGUUGUUUACAUUUCUCUGAUCUGUUCAUUAUUUUUGUAUUCAAGAAGCUGAGAGGCAGCUGUGGCAAAAACUCAAAUAAGAUCAUAUUUUACUAGUAAGAUCAUUUGCUAGACUUGAGCUGGACGAUUGAGUGCGAGCACACCUGUAACCAUAUACAUAUCACUUUUAACUGUAUUCAAAGUAAUUCUGUCAUUGUAGUACUACAGUGGUCACUUGGUUGAAAACAGCAAAAUGACAGUGGUAACUUUGGCCAAUUUUUAGUUGUACUGUUUAUCUAAUAUUUUUUGUCUGCAUUAACCCAUUAGACCUGCCAAAAGACCAAUUAUAACAAUUAUUAAUUCUCAUUUGUAAAGUUUAUUACUUUUAAAUAUUAAUGGUAGUCUGGUCCAUGGCAAGUCAAUCUGGUCUUCUGUGGUUGCACCUGGAUUUCCCCUCCAGUCCUAAUCUGGACAAACAAAUCACAGCACACAAGGCGGGACUUUGUAAUGGGUCAUGAAGGGGUGCGACGGCAAAUAUUUUUUACACUCUUGGGAGUUUCAGAGGGCGUUCUUGUCUUUUUUCCCGUAUGUCCAAUGAAGAGGCUGCUGCAGAGGACUUGAUGGCAUUUUUUCAGCGUUCUGUUAUUGCUUGUGCAACGUUAAGUCCUUUUGAAUCUCAUGAAAACAACAAAACAAACUUGACCAAGCUAAAGGCAGACUGAACUUCGCAAAGCUUUUAAAUUGACUGUUAGCAUCUGUUCCCCCCAUAAAAACGGCAGUUAUCGUUCACUGGUGCACUCAUUUGAUUAUACUGCAUGUCGCAGUUGUUUGUGAACUACAAACAGACAGCGAGACUUGCAUUGCAUUUGUCACAUGCGUGCUUUUGUGAUCGGUUCUUUCAGAUUCAGUCGGUGCUUGUUAGCCCCACCUCUAGCAUCGAUUUUGAAAUCCAGCUCAAACCACAGAAGACCAGUAUCUUCUACAUCAGGGGUGCCCAAGUCCGGUACUCGAGAGCCCCUAUCCCGCUUGUUUUCCAUGUCUCCCUCCUUUAACAUACCUGAAUCAAAUGAUCAGCUCAUCAGCAAGCUCUGCAGGAGCCUGAUAAUGAUCCUGAUUAUUGAUUCAGGUGUAUUGGCGGAGGGACACAUGGAAAACAAGCUGGACAUGGGAGCUCUCGGUGACCGGUUUUGGGCACCCCUGUUCUACCUGGUGAAAGUCAGGCUGGCUUGCCAGGCUAUAUUAAUGGCGGAACUAAACAAAGCAAGUUAUUUUACAUCUGCAUUUUCUACUCUGCAUGAUGCCAAAGUGGGAUUAUAAUAAGGACACCUGGCUAAAUCAGAAGUACUGAUUUUCAUUGCCUAUGCACGUUUGUAGCAGUGGGCUUGAUACUCUAAAAAUUAUAAACAAUAUAUUAACACACAAUAUACUUCAUUUAAUAUUAUUGUAGGAAUAUACAUUUGCGAAAUAUAGGGAUUUUUUAAGUUUCAAGUAUUGAAACAAAAAUAAACUUUGAGGCCAAUUUAAAAAAAAUAAAUAAAAAGCCUUACUCUUUACACGUGAUGUUGGAAACCCAAAUCCUGUAUUACAGUAUGCCAUGAGUCUAAUUAAACUUACUAUAACGCUUUCAAGUGGUAAAGAAUGAGGGAUCCUUGUUUUUUGGGAUAAUUACUUUAAAUGCAUCUUAAAGUGAAAGCCCCACGAGAGAACAUAGAAGGAAAGCCACGUAAAUGUUUAAAAGGUGUACAAAAAUAUUUUUUUAUGGAGUCAUUACAGUAAUUGGGGAUGUGUGAGCCUAAAACAUUUUAGUUGCUAUUAGUCAUAUCAAGUGUGUGCAUAGUGCAAAUACGAAUUUAAGUAGUAAAAAAAUGGUGGAAUUCUAUUCCAUGCAUUCUCAUUUCUCAUAAAAAAUUACAUGUGUUUAUGUUGUAAUAGUGUGGCAACGAAUGAGCAUUCAUAAUUUCCGUGAAUGUCCUAUUGUCAUAAUCAUUUGCAAAUUAUUUUGAUUUUGUGAACCCUCUCAAUCAGAAACUGACCCAGUGAAAAAGCAGUCGACAGGUCAAGUCUGAUCAAAAUCAUGUAUACUGUAGUUGAUUCUGUACGUUUGUGUAAUGUUUUUUCAGUGUUCAGCAUGAUUUGAAUGUCAUGUUGAAAAUGCCAACAUAUCACUGUGUUUGAUAUAGUGAUGCUAUGUUGUCUUGUUGAGGAAACAUGUUCUUGACUCUCAAGGCGGUGUUGAAUCUGAUUUUUUUGUGAUGAUGAGUAUUUGUUUAGUCAGUUCUGUUCUUUUUUGGAUAUUUGUUUUACCUGUGUGACGCAGGUAAAUGUCACACGGCUAACUAACAUGUUGUUGAAAACAUGGUUGCUUCCUCUCUUCUGUGAAGCUGUUGUCUAUAUCCAAGUGCUGCUUGUAUUUUACUGUAAAGUGAUGUACUGCGCUGUAUAAGCCCUCAAUCCAUUGGUUCCCGUUUCCCUUAAGAUAUUUUUGCCCCUUAAACUGUGCUGGAUCCCAAUGAUGUGUACCUUACACUGUUGAAUAAAACUGAAUAAAGUUACUCAACCACGUAUGCUAGAUUUUUUUAAUUGUCUUAUUUACUUAACAUUCAAUAAUUCUUUUGCCAAAAUAGAUCACUUUACUUUCUGAAACAAGUUUCCCGCUCCAAUUUAGUGAACACUAAUCAUCUGUUUCCCAGUGUUCCGGUUCCACAUGGCAGGCCUCAGCAUAGCCGCUGUCCCUCAGAUC